UAUUAAACUCUUCGUAAUCUUAGUAUAGCCUGUCUGUUUAAAAAGGCUCUCGUAGAAGUUGUAGGGACUCCCAUGGGUGGUUUCAUGACCCUGGUGGUAGUUUUGUGAGGCUUUUUCGUGGUGUGAGCGGGAUAAGAAAUAUUCAUGAUAACGCGAUGUAUCUUCUUUGAGGUCUUAAGAAUACUCGUAUCAAGAACUCUAAGUUUGAUAAUACGAGUGACAGGUCUUCUUCUUCUUCUUCUUCUUCUUCUUCUUCUUCUACUUCUUCUUUUUCUACUUCUUUAGUGUGUUAGGGGGCUGGUUAGGUCUCUCGUUGCGUCCAGCUGAAGUGGGUCUCGAGUGUUCAAAGAAAACGAGGGUGACGAAAGGGGAACUUCUCGCGUUUGUGGUCUGAAGAUGUUUGUUUUGUUGCUACUUUGUUUGGUAGCCACUAGCCACAGCAUCAAUAUCAUUAGCAGUGGUAGUAGUGGUGGUUGUGGUGGUGUCUAACACCCGCGGGUCCAGGAGUAAGGUCCAUGUUCUUAAACGUGUGUCUCUCAUUGCCAGAGUCGGACUGGGGUGCUCAAGGGGCCGUGCCAUCUAGUGGCUGGCGGGGCCCGGGCCCAUAUAAGAGUUACUGUCACUAUCAUGUGACAGCAUGGGUUAAGUUCAGGGGCCCAUGCACCUUGGGGGGCCCGUGUGCCAUUGGCACACGGGCACAUAGGCCAGUCCGACCCUGCUCAGUGCGACUAUUGCCCAAGGCCACAGAGAGGGGACUAUGUUUUCACGGCUGCCUUCCCGUUCAUGGCGCCGAGGCCGCGUGAAACUGUCACUGGGAUCACAAGACGGUCCAUGAACACCCCGGCAACUUCCACGAGAGGCUUUUCAAACAGCCGAACCGCGGCGCCGAGACGUCCAGGAGUACGGGGUUAAUGGUCGGGCACGAGGGCGAGCAAGGCGCGUAGAGUUGUGCCGCGCGGGGGCGGCGUCUAUAAGCAGCCCCGAGGCCGAGGCAGAGGCGGCUGAGGGAUGGGAGCAGUGCCUCGGGUGACGGGCCACAUCCUCCCCUCUCCCUCCCUCCCCCGUGUCCAUGCGUGGCCCCGCGGGGAGAGGGGGCGCGGCACAACAACAGGUGGGCGUGUACGCGGCCCCCACCUGGGCGGGGAGGAGCCACAGGUGAGGCGUCGCUGCCCCUCAACGGGCGGUGAUGAGCAACGAUGUGACGCGACGUGACGCGACGUGACGUGAGCCUCGCCUCAGCGUGCUGGCCGUGUCACGCAGGCCUUGGCGGUGACCUUGAGGUGUGGGUCAGGAGCCACAUCCCUCUUGACGCGCUGACCCUAAUUAUGGCCGCCGCCAUCCUGGUCAGGUGCCGCACGGCGCUGCGGGGCCCCCGGAGGCGCCCCUCCCCUCGAGGUCACCCCGCCAGCCUCGCGGGGGGCGAGCGUUUCCUGGCCGCGUGUAAGUGUGUCAGCGGUGCCACCGGGGCCCGGCUGGGGGCAGUAUCGAUCGUCAGUAAUCGGGCACUGGUACGCCGAACUAAUUGUCUUUCAUACUGGCUGGCGCGGCGAGGUCGGGGAUGCAGCUGGUGGGCGGGGCGGAGCGGACGGGGCGGGGCGAGACGGAGCUCCCGAUGCCAAGGGUCCACACCCGUCGCCCACGGGUGCUGUGUUGCCUCUCCCCGGGGGCAUGUCUCUGGGCGGACACCUCGGGGACGUGGUGACGGGAGGCCAUGCAGGGCGACGGGCGUCCCGGGGUCCGGGGACGGAGAGGGGCGGGGCACGGGGCCGGCGAGGCAUCGGGGCUCUGGCAACCGGCGAGGGGAGCGUGAGGCGCGGGGCUUGAACAGGUUGUUGAAGCGUCAGUCGCAUGAUGUGAGGCGGUGUGUCGCCACCUGUUCCUCCCGCGUGUGUCCCGCCGCAGCGAAGUGUGCGUCACGUGUGUCCGCCGCCGUCACCACCAUGCCCGGCGCCCGCCCCGCGGCCCCGCCCCCCGCUGACGCCUGCCCUUGUCCCCGCCACUUGCCCAACACCUGACCUGCUCGCCGUGUCGCUGGCACGCCCCACGGCUCCGUGAGGCAGCGAGGGCGUGCGUGUGUUGCUACGUCUAGGUGUCGCCGCCAUGAGCGUCGCGCCGCCCAUGGACGAUUCCGAGUUCGGCGCCGUUGAGGACGCGGCCAACGCCUCGGCCAACGCCACGGCCGGGUUGCCGCCCCUCAACGUGCCCUACACCAUCAGCGAGGUGCUGGUGGCCGUGGUGGCGGUGCUCGGCAACGCCCUCACCAUCACCGUGUUCGUGGUGGAGCGCAAGCUGAGGCGCCGCACCAAUUACUACAUCGUGUCCCUGGCGCUGGCCGACCUGUUGGUGGGGGUGUUCGGCAUCCCCUUCGCAAUCCUCACCUCCAUCGGGCUGCCGCGCCCCCUCUGGGCCUGCCUCUUCAUGCUGUCCACGCUGCUUAUCCUGUGCACCGUGUCCAUCUUCUGCCUGCUGGCCGUCAGCAUUGACCGCUACUGGGCCAUCCUCUACCCGCUGCGGUACUCCAGGGUCAUGACCGCCAGGAUCGCCCGCCGUGAGUAUUCACCUUCACCUUACCUGUACCGCCGGCCGGCACGGGUCGUCAGGCACGCUGGCGCCCUGUGUGGUGCACUGUGCCGCUGGUAUGCUGGCGCCUGGCAGCCUGGGAUGCUGCCCGGCCCUGGACAGCCUCCCGCCAGGCAGCAUCGCGGCCGGCACCGUGUUCGCGGCCCGGGCUGGCCGGCAGGUGCUGGGGCUUCCCUUUUUUCCGGUCUUGACAAACAGCUGAGUUUCUAUUCGUUCCCAGCGGCAAAUAUCAAAGUUGAGCCGCGUGUGGCGCCGUGUGGCCCGGGUGGACGGUGGUGCUGCGUUGUCCUGGUGUUGGAAGGCAAGCAAACAAAAGCAUUAUUUGCUUUCCUGACUAUAACACACACACACACACACACACGGCUGUCUUGGUGAUUAGUUUAGUACCGUAAUCCACUGCUAGCUCGGUGUUGGCAUCCCUGAGAUUUUAUUUUAUUUUAUCUCGUAAAGUGAAAAUAUAGCAAAGACGCCAAGUGUUCCAGCGAGAUACAAAGCAGGUUUACAGAUCCUGUUUGCUUAUUGGGGAGUCUCGUGUUUUUUCUUCUCCGGCGAAUUCUGAAUAUCAUUACCUUUUGCCGGAGUGAAAGGUUUGACUGCAUGGAUUAUUGUGGCUCCGUUUUGACAGGUGUGUGUGUGUGUGUGUGUGUGUGU